AUGAUGCCCAAGUACGCCAAAAACCAGUCUGUCGACUUCAAAAAUAGUGUUGAAAGAGUCGCCAUUAUCGGCGCCGGAGGUACCAUUGGAUCGCAUAUUGCCAAAGCCCUUCUAAAGACCGGAAGACACACAGUCACGGCCCUUUCCCGCAAAGGCAGCGGCAACACAUUCCCUGAGGGUGUCCUGGUUGCGUCAAUCGACUAUGAUGAUGAGGCCACCAUUGUUGCCGCUCUCAAGGGCCAGCAAUUCCUGAUCAUAACCAUGGCCCCCACCGCGCCCAGAGACACCCAUAGCAAGCUUGUCCAGGCGACUUCAAAGGCCGGAGUUCCCUACGUCAUGCCCAACGGGUACGCCGGCGACAUCGACAACAUCAAACUUGGCGAGGACACUUUGUUGGGGCCCAUAGCCAAGGCCAACAGGGACGAGAUCGAGAGGCUCGGCAUGCAGUGGAUCACAGUGUGUUGUGGGUUCUGGUACGACUAUAGUUUAGCGGGAGGGGAUGCGCGCUUUGGAUUCGACUUUGACAAGCGUUCCCUGACAAUCUACGACGACGGCAACACCAAGAGCUCGACGUCAACGCUAGUGCAGGUUGGGCGUGCCGUGGCCAAGGUGCUGAGCCUCAAGGAACUCCCCGAAGACGAAAACGACAGGAGCCUUACUCUUUCGACAUUCCUGAACAAGGCUGUGUAUCUGAAGAGCUUUGUGGUGAGCCAAAACGAAAUGUUUGAGAGCGUCAAGCGUGUCACAGGCACCACCGACGCUGACUGGACGAUUACCCACGAAAACACCAAGAAGAGAUACGAGGAUGGCCUGGCGCAGGUGAAAGUGGGUAACAUGGCCGGUUUUAGCAAGAUGCUGUACGCAAGGGCGUUCUACCCAGAUGAUUCCAAUAAUCUCUCAGCCAAGACGCAGAAUGAGCUGCUUGAAUUGCCGGAUGAGAGCUUGGAUGAGUCCACCAAGGCUGGGAUCGAUUUGGUCAAGGAGUUGAAGCUUCGUGUUGAGCGUAUGGCGGCCUAA